AUGUCUAUCUUUCUCACUGCGGGCUUCGUGGUCGCACUGGCCGCGGCUCCUGUCUCAGCAUUCUGGCGACUGCCAUGCAAAUCCCCCAUUGUCGUCGAACGCGCCGAUCCCAUCGUCAGCCCCGGCCAGGUGUCUAACCAUGUGCACACAAUCAUGGGAGGGAAUGGAUUUGAUUUCACUAUGGAUUACAAUUCUACUCAGAGAUCCACUUGCUCUUCUUGUACGGUGAUUGGGGAUAACAGCAACUAUUGGACCCCAACCUUGUAUUUCCGUCAUCAAGACGGAACUUUCGAAAGUGUUCCUCAAAUCGGUGGUGCUACCGUCUAUUACUUGCAACGAAAGGGUGACGGUGAAACUCUCAAAGCGUUCCCUCCAGGCUUUCGCAUGGUAGCGGGCAAUCCAUUCAAGCGAACGGGUGGUGACGACUUCGCCACUCAAGCCAUCAGCUACAACUGUCUCGACUACAACGGUCCUGCGAAGCCGGAGACUCCUAUGUUCCCCAACUACAAUUGCCCCGAUGGCCUUCGAGCUCAAGUCUUCUUCCCCUCCUGCUGGAACGGCAAGGAUUUGGAUUCAUCCGACCACAUGUCCCACAUGUCCUAUCCUGCAAGCUCCUAUAAUUCCGGACCGUGCCCUGCCGAUUUUCCAGUCCACCUGGUUUCCAUCUUCUACGAAAUUAUUUGGGACACCAACAAAUUCGUCGACCAAUGGUAUGGAGACAGUCAGCCUUUCGUCUGGUCCCAGGGUGACCCAACCGGCUAUGGUGGCCAUGGUGAUUUUGUUAUGGGUUGGGACGAAGACCUCCUCCAACAAGCUGUCGACCAAUGCACCAACGACAGUGGCCGUGUUGAGGACUGCCCUGUGUUCGACCUCAUCCCUGAUUCCCAGGCUGAAGGCUGCAGAAUCGCCCCUGAAGUGGAUGAGCUUGUUACUGGCGUUCUCUCCGACUUGCCUGGCUGCAAUCCUGUUCAGCCCGGCCCCACUGCCACGCCUCAAACUGGUUGUGGCGCCACCACUGAAAUCACCCCAUCAACGGACACUUUCUUCACUGACCUUACCAGCAAGGGUUGGUCAUACACCGGCUGCGGCACCGACAACUACUAUAACCGUAUCCUCACCAGUGCCAGCGAGGCCAAUGACCAAAUGACCAAUGAGGCCUGCGUUGCUUUCUGUGAGAGCAAAGGUUUCUCGGUUGCAGGUACUGAAUACUCCAGAGAAUGCUACUGCGGCAAUUCCAUCCCAUCAAGUGGCAUGCCCAUCCCUGGAGUCGUUGGAAACUGCCAGAUGACAUGCAGCGGCGACGACUCUGAAUUCUGCGGCGGUUCAGGAACCAUUUCACUCUAUCAAAAGUGCUCGGGUGACUCGUGCACGAAUGCCGAAUUCGGUGUUACUCCUGUUGCGUCGGCUCCUGCUUCGUCAUCUGUUCCAGCGUCUUCACCUGCGCCCUCCUCUUCCGCUCCGGCAUCUUCGUCUGCUCCCGCCGUUGAAUCUCCUACUACUCUCGCGACAGUGACAACUUCCAAGGCAGCGACUAUGUUUACAAUGACCACGGACGUGAGCACUCAACCCGUCACCACUACUUCGCCACCGACACCAACGUCCGCAAACCCAUCCUGGUCCUAUAGUGGCUGCUUUGUCGAUACAGUCACCCCACGCACGCUCCCCGAAUGGUCGAAUUUCAAUGGCCCUAACAUGUCCAACGAUGCUUGUGUCUCGUUCUGUGAUGGUCGCGGCUUCUCCGUUGCGGGCACAGAAUAUGCAGGUCAAUGUUUCUGCGGUGACGACAUCUCCAGUACGCAAGUCGAUGAGGCACAAUGCAACAUGGCUUGCACGGGCGCUGGAGAUGAAAUGUGCGGCGGUCCCAGUGUCUUGAACGUCUGGAAGAAAUCUGCCGGAACUAAGUUGAUGAAGAGGCAUUUGAGACACGUCGGUGGGCAUGGCAGGAAACUGAUCAAUUAUUAA